AUGGCAUUUCCAUUCCUGCGCGCCUUCGUCGCACUGUUCUGUUAUCGCUACUUCCGCCUCGUGGUUAAUCUGGUCUCGUUCUGGACUUUUAAGCCAAUUCCUCCCCCCGAGAACCCUAAACUCACCUCUCAAGAUGUGACGGUGAUUAUCCCCACGCUAGAGGGCUGCGGCGAGGAACUGGUCGAGACGAUCCGGUCAUGCCUGGAAAACCAACCCUACGAAAUCCUCCUGGUCACCAUCGAGGCCAAUCGCAAGCGCGCCGAGAAGAUGCUGAGUGCGAUGCCUGCCUCUCAGUCGCGAAUUCGCCUAUUCACCGUCACCCACCCUAACAAGCGCCGCCAAAUGACUCGCGCCAUCCCCGAGGUCCGCACCGCCAUCACCCUCCUAGUCGACGACGACGUGAGCUGGCCUUCGACCGUGUUGCCGUGGAUUCUGGCCCCCUUCGAAAAGGACGAGCGUUACGGUGGCGUGGUGACCUGCCAACGAUUGCGCCGGGCCGUCUCGCCAACUUUUUCCCAGCGCAUCUGGGGAUUCUUGGGCGCUUUGUAUCUGGAGCGACGCAACUUUGACUGCGGGGCCACCACUAAUGUGGAUGGAGGUCUACCGUGUAUGUCGGGCCGUACUGUGGCAUAUCGCACCAAGAUUCUCCAGAACGAGGGCUUCACCUAUGCGUUCACCAACGAGGAGUGGUGGUGGGGAAAGUAUCAGCUUAAUGCCGAUGACGACAACUUCAUCACCCGCUGGAUGGUCUCGCAUGGCUGGGAGACUUAUAUGCAGUACCACCCCGAGGCCGAGGUGCUCACCACGCUAGAGGAUAACCCCCGAUUCUUGAAGCAAUGUGCGCGCUGGUCCCGCAGUAACUGGCGCAGCAAUCUCACCAGCAUGUUCCACGAGAAGCAUAUCUGGUAUCGCCAACCAUGGAGUGCUUAUGCGGUACACUUGACCACCUUGUCGCCCCCGGCGCUACUCGGCGACUUGCUCCUCGUUUGGCUAUGCCACAAGGCUAGUGUGGGAUGGGGCGAGGUCUCGCAUGAUCGCGCCAUGACCUCGCUGUAUCUGUGGAUGUUUACGAGCAAGUGGAUUAAAUUGCUGGGACACUAUAUCCGCUAUCCAGUUGAUGUGUUCCUGUUGCCCGUGUCGAUUUUGUUCGGAUAUUUCCACGGAGCCAUUAAGAUGUACGCGGUUAUGACUCUGAAUGUGACGACAUGGGGUAGCCGUGAUGGUGCCGAUGAUUAUGACGCCGAGCGUAUGAAGAAACGCACAGAUGCCGAUCGCAUAAAACAGCCCUACUACCCCAGCUAUCUCACCAAAUAA